AUGACCAGGCUGCGACUUCUGCUACCGCUGGGGCUGCUUCUGAGGGUGGCAGUCUGCAGUGUAAACACCAUAACCCAGUGUGAGAUGGAUGAGUUCAAACAUGAGAACCUCUGCUGCCAACAAUGUUCUCCUGGCACUUACCUCCUGAAUCCAUGCCAGGAGAACCAUAAUAAGAGUGAAUGUGCUCCAUGUGAUUCUGAACACUUCAUAAGCCAGAAAAACAAAGAACCUAGAUGCUUUCCCUGCACUGAGUGCCGGGAUGAUCAAGAAGAAGUGGCCAAAUGCUCCCGUACAGCUGAUCGUGUGUGCCAGUGUAAGCAGGGCACCUACUGUGACUCCGAAAACUGUUUGGAGAGGUGCCACACAUGCAGCAGCUGUCCUGACGGCAGAGUCAUCAGGAAGUGCAAUGCUACAAUGGACACUGUGUGUGACACGUUUGACUCAAAGCCAGGACAGUCAGGCUCUCAAUGCUUCUCUACGCCUCUGGGUAUUGUGGUUAUCAUAGCUGCUUUCAUCAUCAUCAUUGGCGCUUUCAUCAUCAUCAUCAUCAUCAUCAUUGGCGCUGUCAUCAUUUUCAUUCGCAAAAUCAGAGACAGAAGAGCCCCAAACAAUGUCAACGCCACCACGUCAGAAGAGAAUAUUCAGCUCUGUAAGUAG